AAUAAAUAAAUAUUGAGUCCAGCAGAGACCGCGGCUUCCCGUUAUCGCUGCGUUUCAUCUUGCUCGUUCAGCAAUUGUCCGAAACUGGACAUAGCCUGGGGUGAAGGAAAGGAAGGCGAGCGUUUUUUAGAGAUGAGGAGAACAACGCAAGCCGCCUAAAGGUUUGGGUGACUGCACAUCCAGCGGUGUUUUUUCCGGAAGAUUAAUCCUUGAUCUGGAGGAGAGAAGGACGACUGGUCGAGCCGAGCAUCAUCGUAACAUCCUCUUCCAGUACAACGCGCAGAUAACGAGGAAUAUCUUUUAAGACUUUAUAAAAACUGUCUUUUAUAACGUCAAUGCUCAACGUUUACUCUUUAUAAAUUACUAUUCGCGGUUGAAAUACUCGUCACGCAUCUCUCCUGCAUCCCCACGAGGCGAAUACACGGCGCAGGCGUUGACCUGAAAUUUAUAUUGUAGUAAACACAAAGUGUCUCUCCGUAUGUUCUAGUAUUGCCUUAAAUAUGUCCGUUGCUUAUUAUUUAUGAUAAAGACUUCAUCUCAGCUCGGUCUUGAUAAAAGUUGCAUCAUAUUAAUAUCUCAAAUUGCGCUCGAGAAUCCAUUUUAAAGGGCCUCAUCCUUGUGGACGAUUUGGAACGACGCGUCGCGUCUCUUUAUACGGGAAUAAGGGCGUUUGAAUCCGCGAGAGAAGGAAGAUGUCGGGUCAGACUUUGACGGACCGCAUCGCCGCGGCGCAGUACAGCCUCACGGGAUCUGAAGUGGCUCGUGCAGUGUGUAAAGCGACCACACAUGAGGUGAUGGCACCUAAAAAGAAACAUCUCGAAUACUUGAUCCAGGCUACCCAAGAGUCCAAUGUCAAUAUUCCCCAGAUGGCUGAUACCCUGUUUGAAAGAGCAGGAAAUGCCAGCUGGGUUGUGGUCUUCAAGGCUUUGGCCGCCACUCACCAUCUGAUGGUUCAUGGCAAUGAGAGGUUCAUCCAGUACUUGGCCUCCAGGAACACCCUAUUCAAUCUUAGUAAUUUUUUGGACAAAACUGGCUCUCAUGGCUACGAUAUGUCAACGUUUAUCAGACGCUACAGCAGGUAUCUGAACGAGAAGGCGUUUGCCUACAGACAGAUGGCUUUUGACUUUGGCCGAGUGAAGAAAGGUGCCGAUGGUGUGAUGAGAACAAUGUCUACAGACAAGCUCUUGAAAGGCAUGCCCACGCUGCAGAGUCAGAUCGAUGCUCUGCUGGAGUUUGACGUUCAUCCAAAAGAUCUUGUCAAUGGGGUGAUCAACGCUGCCUUCCUGUUACUUUUCAAGGAUCUGAUCAAGUUGUACGCCUGCUACAAUGAUGGCAUCAUUAAUCUCUUAGAGAAAUUUUUCCAGAUGAAGAAAGGACAAUGCAAAGACGCACUGGAAAUCUAUAAAAGAUUCUUGACACGAAUGACCAGAGUCUCAGAGUUCCUCAAAAUUGCUGAGCAAGUGGGAAUUGACAAAAACGAUAUUCCUGAACUCACGCAGGCCCCUGAGAGUCUUCUGGAAUCUCUGGAGACACAUCUCAACACGCUUGAGGGGAAGAAAGUUGAUGAGUCACCGACUAAGAAGGGAUCUCCAACAAAUAAUGGAACACCUGCUGGUACCCCUGCAAAAAGUGCAGAGCCCACCGCUGCAGCAGCUGCAGUUACUGAGACCACCGCAGCAGAGCCUGCAAAAGCAGCACCGGCUACAACCACCAUCAACAGCGGCUUUAAUGAUCUAGUGGAUUUUGAUCUGUUGGCUCCAACUGCAGGGGCUUCAGCGGCUCCCACAGCAUCAUGGGGAGAUCUGCUUGGUGAGGACUCUCUGGCUGCUCCUGCCGCUAGCUCUGAAGCCCCCCUCUCUGAGACUGACUCUGCCGCCGCAGCCUCUGCUACCGAACCCGCAGCUGACACCAUCGCUGCCUCGCUGCCAGUGCCUGCCCCCGCUGCCACCAUCUCAGACAUGGACCUGUUUGGAGACGCGUUUGCGCCAUCCCCAGGUGAUGGUCCGAGCGAGGGUGUGGCCCCUGCAGCUGCUGCUGAUGCAUGUGCCGGAUCUGAUCCCUGGGCUCCUUCCGAGGGUAGUGCAAGCAUUGCCCCAGAGCUGGACCUCUUUGCCAUGAAGCCGGUAGAGAGUGUUGUUACUGCUGCAUCUGCUGCCAGUGCCGAGCCAAACGUUUCGCCAACAGUGUCCCCAGCUACCCCUUCUCCUCCAACUGCUACUGCUCCCACCACUGCCACAACUACCACAACCACAUCCACAUCCGCUACAGCUGAGUCUGUGGCCCCGCCAACACUAGACCUCUUUGGUGAUAUGUUUGAUUCUAUGCCUGAGCAAAGCUCCUCCACAGAGCCCAAAGCAACCACUCCUAGUCUAGACCUUUUUGGUGCAGAUCUUCCUGCUGUCUCACGCGGGCCCUCACCUUUGCCUGAGGCCAGUGUGACUGGUGACCUCUUGUCUGAUUCAUUUGUUGCUCCAGCUAUUGCUCCAGUGGCUCCUAAACGUGGUUCUGCAGCUGCUUCUCUCUCUCCUCCUAAAGCCGAACCUAGACCUGUGCUGGACCUCCUUGACACAUUUGGUGACACUACUGGGGAGACCCAGUCCGCUGCUCCCGGAGCACCAUCAGCUGACCUGCUCGGAGGGUUGAUUUCCCCGGUCACCACCACGGUUACACCAACCCCAGCACCAGUGCCAUCCUCGGCCCCAGCAGACCUGCUGGAGUCAGCUUUUGAUGCCUUUGGCUCUGUGCCAGUAUCCGCCACACCAGCGGCAGCAGACAGCGCCCCUGCCACCGGCGCGCCCUCUGGUGGCUUUGAUGCAUCAGUGUUUGACGUAUUAGGAGACCUUCUGAUGCCAGCCAUAACACCUCAGAGCACAGGCGGGACCCCCAUGGCUGCAGCGAGCACGCCAUUGGCACCUGGAAUUGUGCCCACCGCUGGACCGACAGUGGCUCCGGCCAUGAUACCAGCAAUGGCCCCAACAAUGGCACCCACAGCAGCUGCCCAACCAAUCAAACCUAUUGGAGGAGACUUGGACUCUUCACUCGCCAAUUUAGUCGGAAACUUGGGGAUGGGAAGCCAAAAGAAGGACAACCAGUGGAAUGAGAAGAAGCUGACAGGAGGAGCUAACUGGACCCCUCAGGUCGCCCCUACUAGCUGGGGCACACCUGGCGCUCAGAUGACUGGCUCCGCCCCUGGAGCUGCCGCCCCACCUGGAGCAAUGGCACCACCUUUGGGAGCACAGCCUGGCUUUGGCAUGGCUUCAGCAGCAGGAGCUCCCAUGAUGCCCCAGCCUGUGAUGAUGGGUCAGCCCAUGAUGAGACCACCAUUCACAGGGCCAGCAGCAACAGGAACACCUGGAGCACCAUUGUCUCCAGGGCCAGCUGCUCAGAGCCCCAAAAAACCUCCUACCAAGGACCCCCUUGCAGAUCUGAACAUCAAGGACUUCUUAUAAUUUUCCAGUAUUUGUUUUCUCAAAGAAUGAGCUCCAGUGAGAGAAGUCUGCUGUCUGUUUACACCCCCAGACACCCGAGGAGCCUGCAGCUAAGAUAUCCACUGACCCCGCCCCCAACCCAAACCCCGCCCUGUCUGCCCCGCCCAGCCUUCCUGUGUCAUGUUGUAGCACAAACUGUGAAGUGAAUCAUAGAGAAAACAAGACGAAAAAUUAAGAUGUGCUUAUUUCGAUGUUAUCCUUUGUUUUGAACGAAAAUACAAUUAUUUAAAAAACACAAAAAUGAAAAUGAACGGUUAAAAAAAGAUACGUAUGUAUGUCUUUUCCAGUGUUUAAGUCUGAAAUGAAUGAUGUGUGUGUGUGUGGAUCCCCUAUACUUCUCAUUCCUCUAGGACUUCCCUUUUGGGGUCAGAGUUCCUAAACAGGUUGUUGAAGAGCUUGCUGUUGUAUGUUAGUUUUGGAGCAGUGUGCAAUGUAUCAUGAUUCGCAGACGGUACUCUGUGUAUAUUAUCCUCAUUGACCAAAAAAGGUCUCUCCUCUGCUCCAAUUUUUAUCUGUGUACAACUUAUUGAUGUGAACCUGGUACUCGGAUUAUAAGACAUGCUGUUGUCAUCUCCCAUCAUUGACAUUUGUUUGUUUACAAAUAAUAAAUAUAUGAAUUAUAAAUAUAUAUGAAUUAUGUAUAAAUUAAUAACAUAUCCAGGCUCCUCUAUCAUAGAUAAUUCUCUUGGUGAUUGCAUGUCAUUUUUGUAUUUUAACUGGUAUUUAUUUUUCUGAUAUAUACAUAUAUUUUUUGAUUCUUUAGUUUAAACUUCGUUUUGUUUUUAAACUUUAAUUGUCAGUCAACGGUUUACAUACGUUCCCCAAGAAAAUAACCUUAGCGAAUUUGGACUUUUAAUUCACCAAAUCUAAAGUGCUACAAAUCUCAGAUGACCUCUUAGAAAGGCCUUUUGCAGUAUCCUGACAUAACAAACGUACAGUGACUUGUUAACUGUUUAUAUGUUUCCCAAAAAAUAAUAAUAAUAAUGUUUCACAGUUAUAGUCAGUGGAAUGCUGUGUUUGAGUCUCAUAGUUACUUGUGCUUGUAUGAAAUCCAAAUUUAAGCUGGUACAUGUAGUGUUAUUUUGUAUAAUUGUAGAUGAACUCAUCCACAUGUUUGGUUCUCAGUCCUUUCCGCUCAUACUAUAAUAAACCCUGACCCUCAUUCAUGCUCCCUCUGUUGGUAAGUGAUGGUACUGUAGUUUGUAAAGUAAGAGUGUGGAGGAGAUCUAUCAGAUGAAAAUACCUGAGUUAAUAGAAAACAGCGUAGGUUCUUUAGAUAGACUCUUAGAUCUGUAAAAAAAAAUGUCAGGAGGUCACUGUUAAACAGUGUUACAGAAAGGUCUGGUAUUGCCAACCCUCUGUGACUCACUCUCCCUUUUACAGUAGAAAUUUUAUGGAAAUGACAAAGGCAGAUCUUUGGAUCUCUCUUUUGCAAUUCUCUUGAAAUUUUUUGGUUGUUUGUUUUUAUUUAUUGAUUCAUAUGAUAUUUGACACCCCUACAUAGUGCAUGUAAGCCCUCUGAGAUGCAAUAAAUACUGAUGGGAAGAAUUGCC